AUGGCCGGGAGACCCAUCCGCAUAGGAGACCAGCUGGUUCUGGAGGAGGAUUAUGAUGAGACCUACAUCCCCAGUGAGCAAGAAAUUCUUGAAUUUGCCAGAGAGAUUGGUAUUGAUCCCGUCAAGGAGCCGGAACUGAUGUGGCUGGCCCGGGAGGGCAUUGUGGCCCCACUGCCUGUGGAGUGGAAGCCCUGCCAGGACAUCACAGGUGAUAUUUACUAUUUCAACUUUGCCAAUGGGCAGUCCACGUGGGACCAUCCCUGUGACGAGCACUAUCGGAACUUGGUGAUCCAAGAGCGGAGGAAGCUGUCAGCUCCAGGAGCCGUUAACAAGAAAGACAAGAAAAAGAAGAAGGAAAAGAAAGACAAGAAGGAUAAAGAGACCUCCAAAAGUCUGCUGGCCCCGGGCUCCUCAUUAGCCCCAGUCCACGUCCCUCUUGGGGGCCUGGCUCCCUUAAGAGGCCUUGUGGAUGCCCCGGCCUCUGCUCUUCGUGGAUCACAAAGCGUGAGCCUGGGGAGCUCAGCGGAAUCUGGUCAGCUUGGAGAACUCACGCUGCCUCCACAGGGUCUCAAGACUUCUGCUUACACAAAGGGUCUCUUGGGCUCCAUCCAUGAGGACAAGAAAGCCCUCAGCCUCUUGGCUUUAGGGGAGGAGACCAACGAGGAGGAUGAGGCAGAGAGUGACAACCAGAGUGUCCGCAGCUCAAGUGAGCUUCUUAAGAACCUGCACCUGGACAUUGGGGCGCUGGGGGGUGAUUUUGAGGAUGAGGAGUCUCCAAGAACAAGCCAGCCAGAGGAGAAGAAGGAUGCUUCUCUGGAUUCAGAGGCUGCCGGGCCCCCCACUCCCGGCAAGCUCUUCAGCCAGGAUGCAGACAGCAGUCUGAGCAGUGCCGAUGGCACAGGGCAGCAGGGAAGAGGGGCGAGUGCGUGGCUCCUGGAGAAAGAAAAGGACGAGAAGAGUGAUUCAGGAAUACCCAGGAGUGGGGUGGACCCUGGGGGCAGUCAGCCUGCCAAAGCCAACAAAAAGGAAGCCCCAGAGGCCCCAGCGGAUGUAGGAGAGGAGGGUUCCGGGAAGGGAGAGGUGGAAGGAGGCGCCGAAGGAGGAAGGAGGCGGAAGGAGGAGCCCAAGGAGGAAGCCUCUGUCCAGAAAGAGAGCAGAUCGGACGCCAGCGAGGAGUUGGAGAUCAGCGAGCAGGUGAAGGAGCUGCAGCUGUCAGACUCCGCGGCCUCUGACCCUAAGUCCUUCCUGGAACUGGACUUCGGUUUUCGCAGCCGGAUCUCAGAGCACCUGAUGGAUGUUGACGUGCUUUCCCCAGCACUUGCCACUGCUGCUUGCCCACAGGCCCAGAGGUUGGGAAGAGAAGACAAGGAGGGCAGCCAGUCCAGCCAAGAUGAGCCACAGAGCAAGCGGUGCAAAGGCUCGGAGAGGUCCUCUCCCCCACUUGUGCCUGGGAGGCGGCUCCAGAGUCCCCUUCAGAGCCAGGCCACCGAAGAAGGGCCUCCGGAGGCCUCUGAGGGGCAGCCUGAGCAGAAGCGGGCAGAGGAGCCCGGGGAGGACUCUGCAGGCAGCUCCAUCCCUGCCGGUUCCCUGAGGAGGGAAGAGACCCCAAGCCCACCUGCCGCCCCCGCGAGGGGCAGGGAGCAGCGCUCCGGGGCCGAGGAGCCUGAGGAGGGGGCGGCCAGCCCUGCCGCACCAGCCUCUCCAGAGGUGCGAGCUGCGGAGCCUGCAACUCCCCCAAAGCAGGCUUCCCUGAGGGCCGUGGAGGAGGCCGUGGCCCACGACCUGGAGCAAGACCAGAGGCGGCUUCUGGAAUCGAAACGAGAGAAGAUUCAGCAGCUCCGGGAGAAGCUGUGGCAGGAGGAGGAAGAGGAGGUCCUCCAGCUUCACCAGCAGAAAGAGAAGUCUCUCAGUUCCCUGAAGGCGCAGCUGCGGAAAGCCACCGAAGAAGAGGAGACUCGGAUGAGAGAGGAGGAAAGCCGGCGGCUGUCCCAGCUCCUGGCCCAGGUGCAGUCCCAUGUGGAAGCAGAUGAGAGCCAGAUCAGGGCCGAGCAGGAGGCUUCCCUGCAGAGGCUGAGAGAAGAGUCGGAGUCUCUCCAGAAGGCCGAGAGGGCCAGCUUGGAGCAGAGGAACAGACAGAUGCUGGAGCAGCUCAAGGAAGAGAUGGAGGCCUCGGAGGAGAGAGAGCGGGCUUCCCUGAAGGCCGAGAAGGAGAGGGCUCUGCAGCAGCUCAGGGAACAGCUGGAGGGCGAGAGGAAAGAAGCAGUGGCAGCACUGGAGAGUGAGCACCGAGCUGAGCUGGAGCGGCUCUCUUCCUCGCUGGCGGCCAAGCACAGAGAGGUUGUCUCCAGCCUCCAGAAGAAGAUGGAGGAGGCCCAGCAGAGGGAGGAGGCCCAGCUGCAGGAGAGCCUUGGUCGGGCAGAGCAGAGGGCUCAUCUGAAGGCUCACCAAGUGUUCCAGUACGAGCAAGAGCUCAGCGACCUCCUGCGAGAGAAGCGCCAGCAGGUGGAGAGGGAACACGAGAGGAAGAUGGACAGGAUGAAGGAGGAGCACCAGCAGGUGCUGGCUGAGGCCAGAGAGCAGUACGAAGCCGAGGAGAGGAAGCAGCGGGCUGAACUCCUGGGACACCUGACCUGUGAGCUGGAGCGCCUUCGAAGGUCGCACGAGCGUGAACUAGAGGCCGUGAGGCAGACGCAGGAUAGGCAGCUGGAGGACUUACGGCGGCGGCACCGGGAGCAGGAAAGGAAACUCCAAAAUUUAGAGGUGGAACUGGAAACCAGAACCAAAGAUGUCAAGGCCCGAUUGGCUCAGCUGGACAUCCAGGAGGAGACUGCCCGAGUGGAGAGGCAGCAGCUCCUUGAAGUGCAGAGGCAGGUGGCGCUGGAGAGCGAGGAAGCCACAGCCAACCAUCAUCACCUGGAGGAGGCAAAGAAGGAGCACACCCAUCUGUUGGAGACAAACCAACAGCUCCGAAGAAUUCUUGAUGAGCUUCGGGCCCACAAGUUGGAGCUAGAGUCCCAGGUGGAUGUGCUGCAGACCCAGAGGCGGAAGCUGCAGAAACAAGUCAGUGACCUGGAGGCUGAAACUCAGAGGAAGCAGGAGGUGUUGAAUGAGCUGGCAGCUAAGGAGAGCAAUGCCUCCUCACGUGUUGAGCCAGAUCUCCACAUUGAGGACCUGAGGAAAUCCCUUGGGACAAACCAGACCAAAGAGGUAUCCUCUUCUCUCCCCCAGAGCAAGGAGGAGACCGACUUAUCCUUGGACAGCCUGGCCUCCCACAGCGUCCGACACUACCUCUCUGCCGAGGGGCUAGCCCUCCGCAGUGCCAAGGAGUUCCUGGUGCGGCAGACGCGCUCCAUGCGGAGGCGGCAGACGGCUCUGAAAGCCGCCCAGCAGCACUGGCGCCAGGAGCUGGCCGGUGCUCAGGAAGCCACCCAAGAUCCACCGGGCACCAAGGCCCUGGAAGACGUGCGCAAGGACUUGGAGGAGGAGACCCGGCACCUGGAUGAGAUGAAGUCGGCCAUGCGGAAGGGCCACGACCUGCUGAAGAAGAAAGAGGAGAAGCUGAAUCAGCUGGAGUCCUCUCUUCUGGAAGAGGUCCCAGAUGAGGACAUUCUGAGAGGCGCCCCCCCCAAGAAGGUGGUGACUUUUGAUCUCAGCGACACUGAAGACAUGAGCAGCGCAAGUUCUGAAUCCUGCCCUCUGCCUCACCGUGAGUGGUGGCAGCCCAGAGGGGGACCACAUCCCUGCCUUUCAGUCAACCUGACCACAAGUGCCACCUUCCCCAACAAGAUCUACUACUUGAGCAGCUCGCUGCAGCGCAUCAGCAGCCAGCUGAAUGGUGUCCUCAGCAUGCUGGGCAGCCUCAACCCGCAGCCGCCACUGCCUCUCUUCACUUCCACGCCAGCGCACGUCCCGCCCCGGGCCGCUGGGAGCACCUCCAUUCCUGCCUGCCCCUCCCGGCUCUCACCCUCGCCGCUGGCUACACCCUCAUCCACCCAGUGGGCCUGGGACCCGGGGCUGGGCCCCAGGCUCUCCUCCUCUGCGGCUCAAACAGUGGAUGACUUCCUGGUGGAGAAGUGGCGCAAAUAUUUUCCAGCUGGAGUACCGUUCCUCAGCACUGGCCCUGCCCCCCUGGAGAACAGGCUGGGUUAUGUGUCGGCCAGCGAGCAGCUGCGGCUCCUGCAGCGGGCCCAUCCCCAGGUGUCCGAGGUGGGCAGCACCGACGUCCAGGGCCUGAUCGAGGCUAACCGAAAGUGGCUACAGCGUUACAAGAAUGACCCCAAGUCACGUCUCUUCUCUUCAGGGCCCAGGCUGCCAGCCUCUUCUGACUUCCUGCAGCUGGGCCUGGAUGAGAACAAUAGGCUGAAGGUGUAUCACUACUGA